AUGGAGAAAAUCUUGAUUCUAGCAUUUUUUUUGUUCCGAAUAAUUGUUAUUGAGGCAGCAAUCGGUGUAGGUGGUGCCAUUGGGGUUGGAGUUGGCGACAGCGUUGGCGGCGUUUGGGUGGGUGGAGGUAUCAACAACGGUCCAAAUACUCCAUCAGUCGGCGCUCCACAGGUGUCGAAACUCAAUGCGGCGUACAAUGCUCUUCAGGCCUGGAAAUCUGCAAUUACUGAUGAUCCAAAUGGGAUUUUGAAGACAUGGGUCGGCUUGAAUGUGUGUGUGCUUAUGAAGGGAUUUUUUGUGCAGAUUCUCAAGAUUAUAUGGGAAGUUCAACUGGCCUAG